AUGGGAAAUCUACAGACUAGAAAACGCCAUGCUGAUGAGGAGAUUGACGUACAUCAGCCGAAAAGGGCACGAUUCGAUGAUGACGCUCUACCGGGGCGCUCAACUGGUUCAAGAAAACGGAAGUUGAAAAAUGAGGUUAUGGGAUUCAUUCAAGCGUCAAGAGGUCGAGAUGACACCUUUCAAACCGCCAGCAGUUACGGGCAAGAAGGAGCGGGACUUCAAUCAGAUCAAAAAGAGUUGCGACGCAAAGAAUUGAUGAGAGACCGAUGCCGAUCGCUUGACGGACUUCAAACGGAAAAUGAUUCGAACAAGGAGACUGCAUCCGUUGAUAGUUUUCAGAGUUGUGCCAGCCUCCAACGUAAAGAAUAUCCUGUACCAUGGCUAGAGGCUUUGUUUCUCCCCGAAUUCCCCUCACGGAGUCCCAUAAAGGAAAAUAGUUUUUUGGAAUACAAGAAGAGGACAUUGAAUGCUCGUGUGAAAUCUUGUGAUGUGUUCCCUGAAAGUAUCUUGAACGAAAUCGGUUACGGUUCAUUCGGCCGUGUUUAUCGAGCUGUUACGAAAAACAACACUCGAGGAAUCUACGCGCUAAAAGUGCAACAGAAAUCGUUAGUACUUGGAAAAAAUGCCGUUCAACAAGUGAGGCGAGAGGUUGCAGUACAGAUGGUACUCCCUCCACAUAUAUUCAUCGUUCGUCUCUAUGCUGCAUGGCAAAGUCGGUCUAAACUGUUCUCCGUUCUGCAGUAUCCCGUUGGUGGUAUUGGCGACAUGUUUGGAUUAUGGCGAGAUCAUGGAACGCUGCCACAACGUGCGAUUCGAAUUUAUGGCGCAGAGCUCGGCAUAGCACUGGGAUUUCUACAUGAUAACGGAGUAAUUUAUCGAGAUCUGAAGAUGGAAAACAUAGUUCUGGAUUCAUUGGGACAUGUGCGUGUAGCAGAUUUUGGACUGUCAAAGUUGUUGAAGAACGGUGAUUGUACAAGCACAAUUUGUGGAACUUUACAGUAUAUGGCUCCGGAUGUCGCAUCCGAGAAACCGUAUUCACAUUCGGUGGACUGGUGGUCUCUUGCCGUUGUACUUCACAUAUUGGGGACGGGAAGAUAUCCAUAUCCGAAUGCAAACGCAACUCAUCACAGUCAUCUUAGAUUUGUGGAUUAUAGUACACCAAUGGAAUGUUGCAGUGAAUUGGGCAAUCUGUUCGAUCAAAUGUUAGCCCCUUCUCUGAGCAAACGACUAUGCACGUUCGAUGAGUUUCAAGAGCACGUUUUCUUCAAAUCUGUCAAUUUUUCCGAUGUUCUAGCGCUUAAGUACAAUCCUCUGGAAGAGAUCUUAAAAAAUGAAGGAUCAAACCGAACACCGGAUAUCGCUGACUGGGAUAACGAGGAAAAUCUGGAGACUUUCAGCGAAAAUUAUGAGUUCGACAGCUUCGAUUAUUUCAACGAUGAAAUGUGA